UGGUGACACUUUUAUGAGUAGAAAGCCGUAUGUGAUGAUUUGAGAAAAAUAGAGACUUAUUUGACCGUUUUCUCUAUUAUUUUGGACUAUUUUGUCAUUUUUUAAAUUGAGAAUGAUGAAGUAGUCCGUGAUAAAUAAGAAGCCCAAUUUCUUUUUACAUACAGGCCCAAUUGAAAUAAGUAAAUAUGAUAGCCCUUCUAGUUUCAAGUCCAUAGUUGUGCACUUGCCCGGAGUUGGCUCAAAGACUUAAUACGGUGACAAGCAUCGAAAACCCUACAAAUCGUCUCUAUCCUGUAUCCGACCCAGCAGAAUCGCGAACAUCAGUUAUGGCCGAUCGACCUAGUUCUGCUUCAAUACCGGCGAGCAAUUUCAAAUGGGGAGAGAUCGAUGAAGACGAUUCUGAAGAUCUAGAUUUUCUCCUCCCGCCGAAGCAGAUUAUUGGUCCCGAUGAGAACGGUAUUAAGAAAGUUAUAGAGUACAAGUUUAACGAAGAAGGAAAUAAGGUUAAAAUAACCACCACGACCCGCGUGCGGAAGCUUGCUAAGGCUCGACUCAGUAAACGGGCAAUAGAGCGCCGAUCAUGGCCCAAGUUCGGUGAUGCUGUCCGAGAGGACGUCGGGAGCAGGCUCACCAUGUUUUCCACUGAAGAGAUCUCAAUUGAGAGGCACAGAGCCCCCGGCUCCAAAGCUGAAGAAACAAAGGCUGCUGAUGCAUUGUCUGGCCUUAACAAACCCGGUGCAGUUCUCAUGGUUUGCCGUGCCUGUGGCAAGAAGGGUGAUCACUGGACAUCCAAAUGCCCUUACAAAGAUCUUGUCCCGCAAACAGACUCCUUUGUUGAAAAACCACUGACCUCUGAUGCCGGGCCUGGUUCCACUAAGGGAGCUUAUGUUCCACCAAGUUUGAGACCGGGUGGAGAGAGACCCGCCGGGGCUGAUAUGAGGCGCAGGAAUGAUGAGAACUCUGUCCGGGUGACCAACCUCUCUGAGGACACAAGGGAACCCGACUUGAAUGAGCUCUUCAGACCAUUUGGUGCGGUGACUAGGACUUACGUUGCUAUGGACCAGAAGACAGGGGUGAGCAGAGGGUUUGGGUUCGUUAAUUUUGUGAAUAAAGAAGAUGCUCAGAGGGCUAUCAACAAACUCAAUGGUUAUGGGUAUGAUAACCUUAUUCUUCGUGUCGAGUGGGCCACCCCCAGAGCAAACUAAGGCUUAUAUGUAUUUGGUCUUUAAACUUGGUGUUGACUUUAUAUUAAGUUUUUUGCGUUGCUCUUUGUUUUCCUGUGGCUUUGGAUCUGUUGUCUUCAUAAGCUGAAUGGGAUUAACAUUUUGAUGUUUUAUACUUUUAGAGGUCCUAUUUAUUCUACUACAUCUCCAUGACCCAUAUGUAUCUUGUUAUAUACUAUCCUCUUCGGUCUGAAUUAGGUGCCUUAUUUUAAUUUGGCACAAUUAGUAAUAAAGUGGUUAAGUAAAAAUUGUGGUUGAUGUUUUAAUUUAUAUAAGUGAAAUGAUAUAAAUUCUAUAC